AAAGAAAUAAAAAGAGGCGACAAAAGCAUGUUGAGGACGACGGUAACGCAAUUACUCGGGUUCAGAUUAGGGCGACGGGCUCCGGUGUCGGCGGCGGCGGCCGAGCGAGAGUACCACUAUAGGGUGUUGGACGACUUCUUCGGGCGACUGGGUCCGGUGUCGGUGGCGGCGGCCGAGCGAUACCGCGAGAGGGUGUUGGACGACUUGUUCGGGCGACGGGCUCCGGUGUCGACGGCGGCGGACGAAUUCUUCUGGGAUGGAGUCGGAUCGUUUGACAAGAACGAUCCGUCGGUUGGUACUGGGAUCUUCCGACACAAGAUGAUAAAGAUGACGAAGCUCCAGAUCAAGGUUGACGAUGCCACCGGAAAGAUCGUGGACGCCUGCCACGAGACCGUUGGUUGUCGCAUCGAACUUGAAUCAUCUUCUGUCGUUACAGAAUGGGCGAAGGGGAAAAAUCUAGAGGAAGUGACGUCCAUCAAAACCAGAGAAAUUUCCAAGUAUCUUUUUCCUCCCCUAGCGAAGCUCCACCCCCUCUUGUUGCAGUUGGCCACAAUUAAAAGUCCAGAGGACUUGGACUCUUUGAAAGAUGCAGAGAAGGUAAUCAGAGAUCCAGUGAUCGCUAUCAAAAUUGCUGUCGAAGACUACAAAACAAAGAAAGCCAACCGCUGCUGAAAACCACAAAGCAAAGAAAGCUAAGGCAGCUGCUAUUUUCUAAUUGACUUUCUAAUAGAUUGCCAUUCAGAAAAAAUAAAUAGUUGUCUUAUUUAUUUUUUUUUAACUUCUAACAAUCUUAUUAAACAUCUAUUACUCAUUAUUAAAUUUUCCUGAUAAAGACUCUUUAAUAAAAUAAUGUCUCUUUGUUAUGUUUUA